GCACCGCGGACUGGAAGAUUUGCGCAUGCGCGGUUAACGCUGCGAAUUUCCGCAUUUCUCCGUAAAUUUAUAGUAUACUAGUAAACAAACAUGGCGUCUCAAGAGAGGAGGGAGUUCGACAAAUACUUAAAGUUUUUGACCUUCAAGGAGCAAUUGACCGCGGAUAAGUGUGAGAGACGAACUAAUACUUGUCUCACUCGUGACGCAGACAGUACAGGUUAUAGUCCAGUCCAGACAGGGAAGAAAGAUAGCCACCAGAUCAAAUCCUCACGGAAAUGACUGGUUCAACCUGUCCAUCUUGGACGACAAACAGGUUACGGUGGAGCUCAAGAGGUCACUGGAGGGUCGUCUGCCAGAGGCCGGCCAGCCAGUCUGUGUCGAGAUACUCAUGGAAACUUCUGAGGGUGACUCUAUAGUGCUGGAGGUAUGGAGCAUUGAACUGGACCCGAGCAGGAGGGAUGUGAGUGUAUCAGUAGCCCACGUCCUCUACCCACGUCUCUCCCUCAUGUUGAGGUCACUGGUGGUCCUCUCCAGAACCACUCCGGCCUACAAACUCUCUCGCUCCCACGAAGACACUCUCAAAUUCACAUUUCGAUUGUAUGCAUCGUCACCUGACAUCAACACUGAAGGUUUCAGGAAUGUCGUAUGUGCCAAGACAUCGUGUUCGUUUGGCACCAUCUCCCUCUCCCUCCUCUACCUCCACACCAUCACCCUCCCCGACAGACCUCUACCAGAACCGUCGUCCAUUCACGAAGUCUUAUCUCCUCGAUCUAUCUCUAUUGACAACCACUGUGACAAACCCUCCCUCCCCCUUUUCCCAUUCACCUCUCACCCCACCAGUGGGUGUGGCACUAACACCACAGACCACACCCCUUUCUUCUCUACCAUCCUUCCUCGGAAUGAAGAGGACUUUGAGAGAGAGGAAUCCCACGACACUCUGACCAGCAGUGAUGGAGGAGGGACAGAAGGUGAUGUGGACCCAUCAUCUCUACCUACAGCAGAGCAAGAACAAGAUGGCUACAUUCUCGUGGACCUAAAGCAUAUCAAGCCAACGUUUGCCCCUGAGACCCACAUCGAUGAGUUGGGCCAGUUUCUCCAGAACUGCAGAGAUGUUCCACAUCUCGACCUCUUCUCUGGCGACAACACCAUGAACCUCCAUGCUGCCAUGAGGCUGAUUGAUGAGAGGACCUUGAACAUUGAUGGACACGCUAAAUCAGUGGACUUAUCAUAAUAAAAUAAUAUACGCUCAUUAUGUCAUCACACAUGAUGACGCGCGGCUAGGUAAUCUGCGCAUGCGUACUAGCUUUCGCGCGCGAGAACCGAUGCAGUUCACGAUCAUGGCAACAGACACGAAAACAGCGACAAGAAGACAUCAUAAUUUUAUGCAAAUCAAUGUCUACUUGUGACAAAAGCAAGAUCAGAUCUCUGGG